AUGCAGAACAUCAGCCACAAUGCAAUAGAAUUCCUCGAAGAAAAAGCUUUUGACGGUCUGAUCAAUUUACAAUCUUUAGAUAUAUCUUACAACAGUAUCACAAGUGUAUAUGGUGGUGUAUUUGAGCAGCUGGUACAUCUGACGUCACUAGAUAUAUCUCAAAACAAGUUGAAAGUCCUCCUGCGUGAUGCGUUUACUGGUCUAAAUGAACUUGAAAUAUUAUUCAUGCACAAUAAUGAGAUUCGAUAUAUAGAAGGCAAUACAAUCGGAAACCUCCGCAACCUGAAGAGUAUGUCAAUCGGCGGAAACAGUGGACAUUGUGAAUGCCAGUGGAUUCAUCUGAUGUCACGAUUAGAAUUGUACAAUAUUGACGUCAUCGAUCGUGAUUAUUUCUCAGGGUGCGGGAGCUUGUUUUUUGAAUGCAAACAAAGAUCAUAUGCGUCAAGCAAUUUAACGUCAGUCGCAACGCAAGAAUACAUCACGGAUCAUGGAGAAAACCUGCAAAUGACAGCAAUUCCAUCCACAAACCAAAACGUCACCGGAUUGAAUAAAAAUAGCCAGCUACCCAGAGUUAGUUCGAUUGCACUCGAGGUCAGGAACGGAAUACUCUUUCAUAACGGGUCGACAACAUCAUUGAAUAUAUCGGAUAAAGCAGCCCAAGAGUUUGUACUUCGAUAUGAUCACGUAAUUCGGGAUCGAAUCAAUAAAAUUGAAGAUGAUAGAACCAGAAUGUUCUUAAGUAGCAUGUUUCAUCGCCAGAUGAGCUUGUUCAUUAAGACCUUCUUCGAACUUGAGACAUUUUCACCAAACAGAUACAUCGAUCAAAUUAGUUCACAGGUGGUAAUAAUAAAUGAAAGCACAAGACCUACAUAUGCAAACCAGACGAUUGAAAAUAGUGGGAACAAUACAGAAAACAACCAACAGUUAAUAAUUGAGGAAACCACCGUGAUAGCUAUUGUUACCUGUAUACCGAUUGUGUCGUUCCUUAUUAUUUACACCACAUUGCAGUGUGUGUAUGAUGCCCGUAAGGACAAAGGCUACAUCGAAUUUUCCUCGGACAAGACGGACAACCAGAAUUGGACAACUACCGAUGGUCGAACAAGUGGCGAUAGGUCGUGUUGUUGCGUCAUGUGCCUUAAUGCAAUAACGAGUAAGCUGGCGAUUAGGAAGAAAUAUAUGAAUAAUCGAUCACCAAAGGAGACUCAUUUCAGUCGUUUCAGGGAAAUCCACCAGGAAGCAAAAACAGAAAUUGAUAAUAAGAAAAGUGAGAAUUGCACCAAGCCAACCCGAAAUUUAAACGUGGUAUCAUCUUUAAGAAAACUCUCUCAAACGUUCUUCCCGGUACAAAAGGAAAAGAAGUUCGGAAGCGACUCAUCACAUAUAAUUUCAUUGGAGGUGGAGUAUCCAGUGCGUAAACCUAGAGGCGGUACAAUGGUCUAUAGUUCGGAUGAUACGUCUAACUCUGACAAAAGUUGUGGAGACGAAGCCGAAAUACUGAACACCAAUGCGAAUCAUUCCACAUGUGCAGAUCCAAAUGAUUCCUUCUUUGAAGAAAUUGAGCUGCCGUAAGGUAGUCUAGCAACUUAUUCAUAUGUGUAUGUUUUCGUCUAGAUAUGCCACUCAAAUAUUCAACAGAGUAUCGGUAUGCUAGUUUAUAACUGUGCUUAGUAUUCUUUAGGCCUUCUUAAUUUAGAAUAAUCUAACGUAUCAGUUGAAUUACUAUAAUGUGUUUAAUUAUCUUUCAAUAUGCAUGUGUUGUGUAUGAUUAUAUUUAUUAGACCUUUAUAUAAAAGUAUAUUGUAGGCCUAACAACCGUUUAUUUAUGCCCAAAUCUAUACAUUAAAUGUGUAUAGAUUUAAUAGUUAUGCGUAAGGCCUAUAUAUACAUACAAAUAUAUAAUAAUAAUAAUAAUAAGAAUAAGAAUAAUAUAUUGGCCUGUUAAUACGGUAUCAUUCUGAAUUAUUAAGCAACCAUCACUGUAGAAUUAAUUUUCGUUUAUACACUCAAAAAUCACGAUAUGCAACUAUAGGGUAUAUUUUAUGAAAGAACUAUUAUAACAAGCUGCAUAAUCCGAAUAAAAUCAUGAAAAAGUCGAAACAGACUGAGAAUGUA